CACGAAAUGUCACAAAAAAACAAGAAAUUCUGCUUGCAGAUUUUACCCAGAAAUUCCUCAUAAAUUGCUUGAAAAUUGUGUAGAAAACGAAGUUAAACUCAUGAGUUCUAGUGCUUUAUGCCGGUGCUGCCUGGCGCGGCCGCCGGAUAAAGACUUGAAGUCGCUUUACAUACGACUCGGGAAGAGCGAAGUGUAUGGAGAAAUGUUAAAGGAAUGUUUCGAAAUUCAAUUCUCGCUAGAGGGCAGUGACAGUGGCAUAUGUGAUGUGUGCAUCGCCAGACUGCGGGACGCGUGGGACUUCAAACACCAAGUGCUGCAGUGCCUGGCCGAGUUCCAGCUGAAGCUGACGGAGAUCAGUGAAGAUAAAGUUGAAUUGGCCAAAAUCAAAGAAGAAUACUCCGAUGCAGAGGACAAUGGUAUUUAUUUUUUAGAGCCUAAAGAAGAACUGUCAGACUUCGAAGAUCUCAAAGACAAAGAUAAACUCGCGGAAAUCCUCGGUCUUGACGAUGUGCCACUGAAGAGAAGAAAAAAGGAUAGAACUGCCAAGAAGAGGUUACUUCUUGAUAAAAAGAGUGAUCGCAAAUCGAAGAAACUGGGCAACAAAACAACUACAAUCAAAGUAUCCCUCCGAGCGCUGUCCGAAAUAGAGAAACUCAGUGUCCCCAACAUAAGGUUCAUAAGUGAGAACCAAAAACACAGUAACAACGUGCAAAACCUCCUCAAAUACUCAAACUGUACCCCGUUCUCCAACAAAACUUUAUCAGGAAUAGUCUGCGCCUAUUGCAAGGAAACAUACCCUACCCCCGAAGAACUUAGGUUACACAGUCAAAAACAUAAAAAAGAGGAACUGAACUUCAAUAAAAGACUAGACAAAAGCAAUCUAUCAAUAAAAAUGGAUAUAAACGACUUAAAAUGCACUUUAUGCGAACAAAACUUCGAUAUAAUAACUAACUUGAAAAAACAUCUAACAAAAGACCACGAUAUAAAAUUUUACCCAGACAUCAACGAUUAUAUAAUGGAGUUCAAACUAACCGGCGGCGAUUUACUAAACUGUGCGUUAUGCCAUUCAACUUUUGAAACAUUCAAAAUGCUGCUUCAACAUAUGAACGGGCAUUACAGAAAUUAUAUAUGCGAAGUGUGCGAUUUAGGUUUCAUAAACAAACACAGGUUAAAAAACCAUCAGAGGACGCACGAAAUUGGCAGUUUCAAGUGCAAUUUUUGCGAAAAAGUCUUCAGUACGCGCGUCAGAAAAGUUUGCCACGAGAAAUACACGCACAACACUAAUGCCAGAUACACGACAAACUGCCCACAUUGCGAUCAAUCAUUCACUAGUUAUUACCAACGAAACAGACAUAUGUUCAAAGAACAUAACAUAGCCGCUGCGACAUACAAGUGUAACAUAUGUGAUAAAUCGUUUAUAUUAAAAUCAAAAUUGACGUCUCAUAUAAAAAAGGUACAUUUAAUGGAACGAAAUCAUAUUUGUCCCGAGUGUGGUCAAGGAUUCUUCAUCAAACAGUCACUAGACGAACAUAUGAUCAAACAUAAUGGGGAAAGAGUGUUCAAAUGUACGGUUUGUAGUAAAGCAUAUGCGAGGAAAAAAACCUUGCGAGAGCAUAUGCGAAUUCAUAAUAAUGAUAGAAGGUUCAAAUGCGGCGCAUGCGGUCUGGCGUUUGUGCAGAAAUGUAGUCUUAAAAGCCAUAUGCUUUCUAACCAUGGUCUCACGCUUGCUGAGUAUGAAAAUGCUAAAAGUGAGCUAAAUAGUCCUGUACAUGGAGUAUGAGAACGCUAAAAGUUUAAAUAUAGGUAAAACCUAUCGAAGAACACACGAAAUCGGGAAUUAAGUGCAAUUUUUGCGAGCCUUUAGCACACGGGUUAGAAAAGUUUGUCACAAGAAAUAUAUAAGCAAUACUAAUACCAGAUACACAAAUCCGUCCAUGUGGCACAUGGUCUGGCGUUUGUGCAAAAAAUGUAGUCUUAAAAGCCAUAUGCUUUCUAACCAUGGUCUCACACUUGCUGAGUAUGAAAAUGCUAAAAGUGAGCUGAAUAGUCCUGUACAUGGAGUAUGAGAACGCUAAAAGCUUAAAUAUAGGUAAAACCUAUCAAAGAACGCACAAAAUUGGGUGUUUAAGUGCAAUUUUUGCGAGCCUUUAGCACACUGGUUAGAAAAAUUUGUCUCGAGAAAUACACAAGCAAUACUAAUACCAGAUACACAAAUCCGUCCAUGUGGCACAUGGUCUGGCGUUUGUGCAAAAAAUGUAGUCUUAAAAGCCAUAUGCUUUCUAAUCAUGGUCUCACGCUUGCUGAGUAUGAAAAUGCUAAAAGUGAGCUAAGUAGUCCUGUACACGGAUGAGAAUGCUAAAAACUUAAAUUUAGAAUUUUUGAUUUAUUUGAAAUGUUCUUUAUUGCACUAUACAUGAGGGUGCAAAGGCGGCUUUAUUGCUGAAGCCAAUCUAUUACAAGCAACCUUUGGUAAAGAAUUAAAUGAUAUGAAGGUUAAAAACCCAUCAAAGAACGCACAAAAUCGGAAGUAUUUUUACGAAAAAGCCUACAGAACACGGGUUCAAAAAGUUUAUCAUACUAAUGCCAGAGUGCAGGCACUCAACAGAGCAUAUGCAAUAUAUGCAUAUUCAUAAAAAUAGUGAUAAAAGGUUUAAAUGCCAUGCCAUGAGAUAAAAUAAAUUUUACUUGGAUAUAUAUUUUUUUUCAAUUAGACUUUUACAAGUUCUUUUGAAUCGUCAAAAGCAUCUACCACUGGUUCGGAAUGCUUUU